AUGACAAGCAUUGUUUUAUUCUUGCAGACGAAGUUCAACAUUCCAGAGAGAGGAAAAAAAGCAGUGUAUGCUCGAAUAAACGAUGCUUGGAGACGCCACAAAUACUCUAUCAAGAAAGAUCAUUUUCUAAAGUACUCUAAUAUGAAGGAUAGAUUAAAACACCAUCCAAAGAGCAUAUCUGAAGUUCAUUUCAAUAAAUUGUUAGUAUAUUGGAAAGAUACUCAUAUUCAAGAUAUUAGCCAAAAGAAUGCAGUUAAUAGGAGAAAGCAAAAGUUUAUGCAUCGUGUAGGACCGACAAAUUUUGCUAGAAUUCGUGCAAAAAUGAGGGAAAACAAGGAUGGACAAGAAGUCACUCAAGCUGAGAUGUUUAUUGAAACUCGAAAAAGUCGCAAGGGAAAACAAGUGGAUGAGGAAACCCAAUUUGUGAUUGAUAAACUUCAAGAAUCUAUUGAAACUUCAACUGAAGCUGGAACACAAACAUUUCAAUCACUGUUUGGAAAAGAAAAACCCGGUAGAGUGAGAUGUUAUGGAAGAAAUGUUACACCAUCAUUGUUGAAAAAAAAUGAAGAAAUUUCUUUAAUAAAAAUGCAAUAUGAUGGUAAAAUUUCUGACAUGACACAAAAGAUGGGAGCAAUGGAGGAACUUUUGAAAAGCAUGUAUAUGCAACAAAAUCCACAUUUAAGUGAAGAGGAAGUAAAUGAUAACAUGAGAGAAGUAUUGCACAAUGAUAAUAUUCCAACACCACGCUCAUCGACAUCAACCUAUGCUCCUGCUGAUCAUCAAAAGAUACUAUAA